AGGAUUCAUGUCAAUUUUUGAACGACCUUGGACGAUUUUGUGUUUGAAUCAUUAUCUGCCUAUGCGUAUUGUCGGAAUAAACAAUGAGCAAUAAAGCUUGAUUAUCCAAUUCCGCCAUUUAAGAUCAUAUUUUAGAAUAAUUCGUCUUGAAACGUUGAGAAAACAAGCCCCAAAAUGGAUCUCAACUGGAAUGUAAUGCAAGAACCUAGGGGUAUUAUGAGACUUACCCAUUUUAUCUUUGCUAUAUUCGCAUUUGUUUGCGUAACGGAGUAUACAGGAUAUUUAACCUUUCAUUGCAAUGGAAAAGAUUAUCCGGUUUCUUACGAGUAUCCCUUCGAUUUAGUGUACAAUAAGACAUUGAAUUGUAAUCACAGAUACGAGAUAUAUGGAGAUUUUUCUGGGGACGCUAUAUUUUUUGUUUGGACAGGCUUUUUGGCUUUAGUAUAUUCCAUCGCUAUUUCCAUAAUCUAUGUAAAAUUUGAUAGAGUAUAUCUACAAAAUCCAAAGCUCCCACUCGCGGAUUUCUGUGCUACUGUUGUUGUGGCAGUAUUUUGGCUAUCUAGCAGUGCAGCUUGGGCCAAUGGCUUGACAGGAUUAAAAAAUAAGACUGAUAUAGAUCCUUCUGAAAAUCCUUGUAACUGUUCUAUUACUCAAAGUAGCUUCACCACUUUGAACAUAUCAGUGAUAUUUGGAUUUUUGAACUUCUUCCUAUGGGCAACAGAUUUAUGGUUCCUUUAUAAAGAGACAUCAUGGUUUCAAGGAAGCAAAUUCCACUCUACCAGUGGUGUUUAAAAAAAAACAAGUUUUGAGGUGAAAAAGGAGUUUCAUAAACUCCCUCUAUUCAGUAUUUAUAACGAUAUUUCAUUUAUCCAAUUUAUUAACAUUUUUCUAUUCUUCUAGCCUACUUUUACCUCUUAAUAAUUAUUCGAACACACAACACCAAGCUAUGGUCUGUCCUUUUAAAUAUAAAGGGAACUCAAAUAAGAAUUGUACAAAAAGUUGCCUUACCAUUUAGGUGAACCAAUUAGAAAUU